CCCAUGGCAGUUUGUAAUGGUUGUGUUGUACAAGUUAUCCUCCCUUGAAAACUUAAAUGAUUAUAUUUCAGCUUUAAACUUGAUUCUAUACUUUAAAAUAAAUGUACAUACAGAACUUGAUAUUUUGGAGAGCUAGAGCGCUAGGUUGAAAUAUUGGCUACGUUAGCCUGUUCCUUACAAAAAAAUCAGAAGCCCAUAUCUCAAAAAUGACUAACGAUGGAUCUCAGACCAUCAUCUCUUUACAAGAUGUAGCUAACAAAAACAAGUGUAUUCCCUGACGACACAGAAUGUGUUUUACAGCAGCAACCAGUGAGGUAAAGUGCAUAUUUUACGCACCAGCGCGGGGAGGGAGAGCAGAGAGUGUGCUGAUUUGCCAAUGGUAGAGUCCAACAGCUGAUUGUUUGCUCGAGAGUCGAGACACUAAACACAGAGCGAGGGAUCUGCGAGCGCUUCGCGCAGUAUACGAGGUUGGAAAGGUUGUCAGAGUACUUCACUGGCGGGACGUGGCUAUGAGGAUGUCCGUGGGGAGGAGAUGCUUUUAAGGAAAAGCUUUCUGGCCCUCCAUCCCCAAGGACCUCACACUCACACCGCUCUCACCUCCUCUGAGGGCGACAGCAGAUAAAUCUCUGGAGUGUCACGACUAAGCACACCUCAAGCUCCCAGGAGAGAGACAGAGAGAGAGAGAGAGAGAGAGAGAGAGAGAGAGAGAGACAGAGAGAGAGAGGGAACGAGAGUGAGAGGGACAGAGAGAGAGAGAAAGAGUGAGAGAUCCCAGUUGACCCCUCCCUGGGCACAUCGCCUCACAGUGCCAAGAGCGACAUUCAGCUCUGCUUCCUGCUCUCUCUUUCCCAUUGCCGGCAGCCUCCUCUUCCUCCCCCCGGUUCCUUAUUCAGGUCUGGCUCUUGCCCGUACCUGGUCUAAAUAAUUAGGCCAGUGGACAGUCUGCUUGUCCUGACCCGUGGUGUGGCGUGUCAUGUAGCGUGCAACAGGGCUGCAGUGUCGUCAGGCUCCUGAUUAAACACCGAACCCAAUUAAGAGGGAGAGAGGUGGGGAAGGCCCAUCUGGAGUGUGACUCUUUCUCUCACACACACACACACACACACACAUCUCACACCUGAAGACACCUGACUCAGCCCAGCAGUCUGCCCCUUGACACACACACACACUCAGACACACUCACACACCUCCUCCUGCCCUCUUCCACAGCAGUGCUGUGCUCUCCGAGGAGUCUGUCCAUCUGUUAUCGCUAGCCUGUAAUUGCUGCUUGCUCUCAUUACACCUCGAAGGGACUGCUCAUUUGAAGGACGCAGCACAUUUCCUAUCCCUCUCUCGCCGCUGGGUAGAUUGGAUUUGGAGACGCUGGAGAGGUAAUUGCCAUUGACAGAGGAACUUAAUGAAGGAUCUCAGGGCAGUCAUGGCCAUGGAUUAUUGGCAGCACUGAGGCCUCGGCGCUUCGCCGUCUGAUCCAGAAACGCUUCCACCUUAUCCAUGACAUUUCGAAGGAAUUACUCUUGAAUCUGGGCAAACUGCUGGAGAAGUUCAAACUAAGGAAGACUUCUAGGCACUCACUGUCUGGCUGGCCCUUAACUCACUGUCUGCAAGGCAGGGCAGGUGCAGUAAUUAAUUUUUGGCCUGCCAGUAAAAGCUGUUUUUAGUGAAUGUUGAAAAAGGCAGUGGAGAUGAGUAAAACAUCAAAUUCCUAGCCCCCCUCCCCCUCCCAUACUCUUCCCUCUCCCUCUGAGCCUACAGCACUGAAGGGUUUUGACUCAUUUAACAGAACUCCCCCCUGCUGUCACUCUGAUAAUCCCCCCCCAGUCCUUUUUUGUGUCUCUGAUAGAUUUUACCCCCCCGCUCCGUUUUUUAACCACCCACACCCUCCCCUCCUACCCUGCUCAACCGCCCGCCCGUCGUGCCCGCUGUGCUAUGCCCCACUGCUGCCACCGUCCCAUCCUGGAGUCAUGCCCAUCCCCGAGAUGGCUCUGACCCCCGUCAAGUCUCUGCAGUGGGAGGUGUUCCCGCCCAUGCCCACGCGGCGGGUCUACUGCACGCCGGUGCUGCACGACGGCCUGCUCUAUGUGAUGGGCGGCUGCAGCGAGAGCGGCCUGCCCCUGGACGCCGUGGAGGCGCUGGACCUGGAGAGCCAGCACUGGUACACGCUGCCGCCCCUCCCCACCGCCAGGGCGGGGGCCUCGGCCGUGGUGCUUGGGGGCCAACUCGUGGUUAUGGGCGGCAUGGAUGCCCAGCAGAGCCCGCUGGCGUCGGUGGAGGUGUACAGCAUCGAUGAGGGGAAGUGGGAGAGGAAGGCUGGACUGGGGCAGCCUUCUAUGGGCAUCACGGCAGUAGAGAAAGAUGGGAAAGUGUACGCGCUGGGCGGGAUGGGAGCGGACACAUCUCCCCAGGCCCUGGUGAGGGUCUAUGAGCCGGCCAAGGACCAGUGGCUGCCCCUCGCCACCAUGCCCACGCCCCGCUACGGAGCCGCCUCCUUCCUGCGUGGGAACAAGAUCUAUGUGCUGGGUGGGCGUCAAGGUAAGCUGCCUGUGACGGCGUUUGAAGCCUUUGACCUGGAAGUGAAGAGCUGGACGCGUUUCCCCUGCAUCCCCAGCCGGCGCGCCUUCUCCUGCUGCGCGGCCACGGAGCGCGCCUUCUACAGCCUGGGGGGGCUCCAGCAGCCGGGGCCACACAACUUCUACUCCCGGCCCCACUUCGUCAGCACCAUGGAGGAGUACGACACCGAGCAGGGUGUUUGGCUGAAGCCCACUCGGAGCUCGCGCAUGAGGGAGAAGCGGGCAGACUUCGUGGCCGGCUGUCUCGGGGGCCGAGUCAUCGCUGCGGGUGGUUUAGGUAACGAGCCCACCCCCCUGUCCUCCGUGGAGAGCUACAACCACGUGAAGAGGAGGUGGGAGUAUGUGGCACCUCUCCCCAGUCCCCGCUGCUCCUGUGCCUCCCUCCAAACUCCCAGCAUGCUCUUCCUCAUCGGUGGUGUCUCCCAGGGCCCCAGCGACGCGGUGGAGGCCCUCUGUCUGAGAGAAAGUGUCUGACUCAGACGCGGCGUCACACACCGGUAUGAGAUGGGACACACACAGUGUACCUCCCCUCUCUCUCUGCAUGUCACCAUGGCAGUGUGUCCGAUAACAGAGACAGACAACCCAACAGAGGGGACUUUGGAUCCUUCCUUUGAACAGUGUGGAGACGAUCUGCGGUGACAAGGACAGCGACCCCCUUCUACCUUUGCUCCCAAGGACAUUGGAAGUUUCACACAAGCAAGCAAGCAAAAAAUCAACAAAUAAAUAAAUAAAUGAAGUAAUCCCUCCCAAAACACAGACAGACAACAUUACGGACGCCUUUGAACUGCAAGGCACUUUUCAGGAUGAAAGCAGGGUACUUUUCUGGAAAAAAUAAACUCAAAGGAACUAAGGGCCAUAUCUAUCCACAAGCCACUGCAGAGUCUGUCGACAGUGGCAGCUUUAGCACUUUUUUCUAUUACCUGAGAGAAACAAAAGAGGGGAAACAAAAACUAUGAAAAAUUAAGGGGAAAGUUGUGAUGAAGAAACAAAAAGUUUGAGUGUGUUUAUGUUUGUUUGUUUGUGUGUGUGUGUGUGUGUGUUUGUCUGUGUGUGUGUUUUUGUAGUUUGACAGCCAUGCAUGAGAGAAAUGCAGGGAAAGCUCACUCCUCAGACUCGGUUGAUUCUAAUGCUGAUGUUAACACUGUAGCAGGUUGCAGGAAACUGGGGCACACAGAUGAGAAGAGUCGCAGGAUUCGGUGAACCACAGAUGUAAUUGUGAAGAGUGUGUUAUCAUUUACAAAAGACGCAACCACCCACACACACACACACACACACACACACACACAAAGCUCGCUGCAUAGGUUACCUCUGAGUUACAUAAACCGCCACUGAUUCUGUGGAGUCUCAAUUUAACAAACUGAUGGAAGGAUUUCUCACGCCAGACAAUGAUAUGAGAGUCUGUGUGUGUGUGUAUUUGUCCGUCUGUCUGUCUGUCUGUCUGUCUGUCUUUACAUCUGUGUCUGUGUGUGUGA